UAGGAUGCAGUAGUUACAGCAGAGACACCUGGAUGAUCGAAGGUUUUCUUUCAUAUUUUCCCCUUAAUCUGUCAUUGACACGCCGCUGGAGAUUGUGACAUUUAGCGCAGACAACUAUUGUUUUAGACUCUGCAAACAUCACUGACUGGAUAUCCACUAGUUUAUGGAGGUAAGAUUUACCGUUUUUAUUACCAAAUGGAUCCUCCUGCUAACCAAUACUAAUUACACCUCAAUAUUGGCUAGUUACCAAACCCUGUGGAAAAAUUAUAUUCAUAUUCUUCGAAAGCUGUAUUUAGAUAGUCGGAGAUUUGGCUGUGUGGUGCGCCUGCCAAUUAGCUCAUGGCCAUUAACACUGACAUGGAUGACUGGGGAGGACUUAGCAGCAAUGACUCGGGAGAGCGAGCGCGGCUCUUGCAGAGUCCCAGCAUGGACUCGGCACACCUUAUGGAGUCGGAGAGGAGGCAGAGUGGCAGCGUGUCAUCGUUGGGAGCGGUCUUCAUCGUGGUCAAUGCAGCUUUGGGAGCUGGUCUGCUCAACUUUCCGGCAGCCUUCAAUAUGGCAGGUGGCGUCACGGCUGGAGUCAUGCUUCAAAUGUUCAUGCUGAUCUUCAUUAUCAGUGGUCUGGUGAUUCUGGGUUACUGCUGUCAGGUCAGUAACGAGAGCACCUAUCAGGAGGUGGUGCGAGCCACUUGCGGAAAAGUCACGGGAGUCCUGUGCGAGGUCGCCAUCGCUGUGUACACUUUUGGCACUUGCAUUGCUUUCCUCAUCGUCAUUGGGGACCAGCUGGAUUUCCUGAUUGCGGUGGCAUUUCAGGAUGGCUCUUUUAGCGGCUUGUGGUACACCGACCGCAAGUUUACCAUCACGUUGACUGCGGUUUUGGUCAUUCUGCCUUUGUCCAUCCCAAAAGAGAUUGGCUUCCAAAAAUAUGCCAGUGCUCUGAGUGUGAUGGGUACCUGGUACGUUACCAUUGUGGUGAUUGUGAAAUACAUCUGGCCUGAUGCAGAGGUCAUGCCAGGGGUUGUUCCCAGCAGUUCAACCUGGACUGCAGUUUUCAAUGCGAUGCCAACCAUAUGCUUUGGCUUCCAGUGCCACGUCAGUUGCGUACCAGUGUUCAACAGCAUGAGCAAGAAAGCGCUCAAACCCUGGGGGCUUGUUGUUACACUCAGCAUGAUUAUCUGCCUUUUUGUUUACACAGGGACAGGUGUCUGCGGCUUCCUGACGUUUGGUUCCAAUGUCAGCCAGGACGUGCUGAUGUCAUAUCCUCCGAAUGACAUCGCAGUGGCCAUCGCCAGAGCGUUCAUUGUCAUCUGCGUGGUCACCUCGUACCCUAUUUUGCAUUUCUGUGGGAGGGCCGUCAUUGAGGGACUGUGGUUGCGCUGGCAAGGCGAGCAUGUGGAGGUGUGCGUGCGCCGCGAGCAGAAGCGGGGAAUCGUGCAGACGCUCCUAUGGUUCCUCCUCACGCUCGUACUCGCGCUCUUCACGCCGGAUAUCGGGCGCGUCAUCUCGCUCAUAGGGGGAUUAGCGGCCUGCUUUAUUUUCAUCUUUCCAGGGGUGUGUUUAAUCCAAGCCAAACUGUUGGAGACAGAGAGACGAUCUGCCAGCUGGCAUGGACUGGUGGCCUUUGGUAUCGUCAUGGUUACACUUGGAGCCUUCAUCUUUGGCCUCACCACGACCAAUUCCAUCGAUCAGGAUGUAACCAAUUAAAGGGGAACAUUUACGUCCCAGUUUGUGGAAAUGGUUCUGCACUAAAUAAGACUUGAGCAGUUUCUCAUUUAAUCAGCCCCAAUCUCCACCUGAUUGCACAUCUAUACUACAGAACCAGGAGUAAAGUGCAGACAGCCCAAACUAUCAAGUCAACCUCGGGCACUUUAUCCUUCUUGUGUAAUGUUUUGCAUGUUCUCUGUUUAUUUUGUUGAUGCUUUUAAACUACAGCUGAAGCAGUAUUGUGACUGCAGUCAGUCUACAACUGCUCACCCUGUGACCAUGUACAGGUUUACAAGCGCUAAGGGACUUUGUAUAGAAAACCUCACAAUGAAAUAGUUUGGUUAAUGGCUUAGUACCAAUCUGUACAAUUUGAAUUGCGUGACGGAGUCAAUGUUAAUCAUUGAGGAACAAGUGCAGUGGUUCACAGCCAAUGAAUCAAAGUCCAGGCUAGUGACUGUUUACAAUGCAGAAUUGACAUUUGAUGAUUUGCACCUUUUGAUGUUGAAACUGGGUAAGUAAUGUUUGAAAUGACUCUAAAUUCUAUCAGAUUUAGGCGGUUUUAGCACAGGACUAAAUCAAUGUACAGAACUGUUGGCUGGUUGGGGUUUGUCAAUGUUUCUCUGAAGGUAAUACAGAAUGUAUGAAGCCAUAAGAGCGUGUGCAAGAUAAACCAAAGCUUGACAUUUGUCGUUCUGAGCUCCUGUGGCAAACACUUAAUACUACUUCCAGACAAGUCAGGAUGUAUUUUCUCAAAAGCAAUAUUUAAGGUUGCAUUUAUGGACUUAAAGGGAUUUUCUUUAAAUACAAUGUAUCCCAAGGGAUGAAGCAGGAAUAUUCAUUUCUGUUUUUAGAACUUGAAAUUUAACAUUUGUCAGGUGUUUUGGUUGUGAUUUUUCUUUCUGGUGCUGCUGUUUCUUGAAUCACAUGAAUAAAGAGAUGCAUUCAU